AUGGGUAUAGAGAAUUACUUUAUGAAAUAUGUUAAAGUUACAUACAUUAGUAGGAGGCGAAGUGAAAUGACAAAAACUAUUGAAAAUUUGAAAAAGAAUAUUUAUACAUAUAAUAAUUAUAGUUGUAAGAAUAUUAUUUACCAUAUGAAUGAAGAAGAAGAAAAUUUUAGAAAUGAAUUUAAUGUUAAAAUUGAUGAAAAUAUUCUAAAUAUAUUAAAUUUGAUUAAUCCAUUAAAUUUUAGUAAUAAAAAUAAUCAAUUACAUACUUCUGAUGAUAUAAAUAAAAAUUAUAACAAUCUAAAAGAGAACAAUAAAAAUGGAUCCGUGGAAAAUAAUAUUAACAAAAAUGAGCUAAAUAAAAACAUUUUAAAUAAUAAGAAUAUCUAUGUAUUAAAAUAUAAAAUAAAUCACAUAAUUGGAAAAAGAGGAAAAAGAGAGCAGUAUAGGUACACAUACUUGAAAUCACCAUUUAAAUAUAAAUAUGCAUUGAGACAUUAUGUUUUUGAAAAAUAUAAAUAUCAUUUUUAUUUUUAUAAUAUUACCCAUUUUAAUAUAAAUAUAAUUUUUAAUAUAAUUUUAUCAUCUAUGACUAGUAAUACAUCAGUAAAAUGCAAUAUCAAUUGGUUUUAUCCUGGUAACAAUUUAUUUGAUUCAACUUUUUUAAGAAACUCAUUUAAUAUUCUUAUUGAAAAAAGUAAUGAAGCAUCAUCUUUAUUAGAUUUUAAUUUAGAAAGUCAAAUAAAAGAUAUAAACAAUUUAAGGGAUGAGAAUAAAUUAGAAGAACGGAAUUUCUACGAUAUUAAUUUAGAUUUAAAAAAAUAUAAUAUACAAAAUUUAUUGCCUUUAUUUUUAGAAAAUAAACUAUUUAGUGAAAAUUAUAAAAAAUUAAUUCUAUUAGAAGAAAAAAGUUUUAAACAAAUAAAAAAAAAGAUUCGCAAAAAAAAUGUACAUUGGUUUAUAAAUAAAAACCCAAACGUUUAA